AUGUGCAGUGAUUUGCGACGACGCAUGCUUGAGGAAGUUGAAGUGAGGCAGCAGUCUCCAGGGGUCAUGCCGCCUGCUUCCCGUGGGACAACUCUGACAGAUGCAGCAGGAGAACGUGAAGUAGAGGGAGACAGUGCGGAUGGGCUACUUGCCAAUUAUUCGGUCGACUCACGCCUGAGUGACGAGGAGGCCUUCUUGAGAGAAUUCGAAAAAUUUGAUAAGAGCAUGAACAUGAUGAAAACGUGCACUGUGGAGCCACAGAGGUGGGUGGCGUCUACAUCGUAUUUUUCGGCUGUCCGCAAUCAAGAAGAAGCUACAAAGGCCGUUCUACCGUAUGGGAAUAAAUUUUGGAUUGUUUGCGGACCGGACACACUGAAAGUCUUCAAGAAUCCAAAGGAUCAGCGCAUAGAGUCAAUCGUGCGUACCAGUGGAUGCCGCAUAACUUUGAGAGAAAACAGGCGGAAAAACGCACUGGGCCAAAUGCAACAACUGGUGGUUGUUGCAUCCGCAACCGAGACGGGGUUGAGGAAGUGCACGAAUUUGUUGGAUGAGAAAUUUCCUGCGUUCAGGGCCAGAUCGGGUUGCUUGAACUGUAAGUUGGACUUUUGA